CAUACAUCUACAUAUGCUUUACGACACUUGACAGUCCUGGUUCUGCGCAGUUAUUCGCGCAGUUUUGCCAAUCUAACCGUUGUAGUAAUUCUCUAGUUUUAUGUCACACGAGGCUGAAUGAGCGUUUUUGAAUUAUUUCGAGGCUUUUUCGGGGUUCCUGGCGGCCAUUAUCGUGGACGAAGGGACCCUUUCUUUGAUACAAUGGCACGUGAUGAAGACGAUGACGAGGAUGAUUGUGAAGAUUGUUUUGAAAAUGAUGGCUUUCGCGGGGAACAACAGGACCCUUUUGACAGUGCCUGGAGGUUUGGUUUCAGCUUUGGCCCUGACGGAAUGCGAAUGCAGGAGCCUCCCCUGUUUGGACACUUCCUCAGGGAGAUGGAGGAGAUGUUUUCUCAGCUUGGGCGCUGGGAGUCGAUGCCAAAUUCCGGUAUUCCCAGCAUUGCACCACCACUACAGCAGGACAAACUGGAAAAGGGAAAAAGCGGCAACCCCCUCCGAGACUUCAUGCUAAAGUCCCCUGACAGUGAUGCUCGAGGGUCCCGCCAAAAUCCAUCUCAUUUUCAUGAGUCGCCAGAAUUCCCAAACUCGCCAUUUCAUGGGUGGACACCAUUUUCUAAAUUCAACGAUGUUUGGUGUCAAAGGCCACGGAAAGUUCCAGAAGAUGAGCGCAGAGAAGACCAAGAUCUGGAUUCUGCAGUGUCCUCUGGUGGUUUGGAUCAGAUUCUGGUGCCCCCUGCUGACCAGGCACCAAGACUGCCUCAAAGCGGAUCGUUUUUCCAGUCAGUCACCAUCACCAAGGUGACGAAGCCUGAUGGGACAGUUGAAGAGCGCCGCACCAUUAGAGAUGGCCAAGGCAACGAGGAGACCACCGUGACCCGCUCAGGAGGUGCAGGGCAUCAAACUGGACCAGACAUUCAGGGUGCUCGCAGCCCAUUUUCAGACAUGCCCAAUGAUGACAACUUCCUAUUCAAGCUCUUUCCAGGCUUGAAGUGAUGUUAUAACUGUUUUGUAUGAAUCUAUAUGGUGAAAGGUGAGAUAACGCUAAAUAAUGACUUAUUUUUUUAUUGUCGCAAUGAUGUAUGGAUGCAUGGGAGAGUGUUGAUGACGAAUGAAAAUAAAGAAUCUUAAGAUUGA